AUGCUCACUUCAUUUGUACGUACUUUAUCCCGAACAAGACUCGUUGUCCUUAAUGUCCCUAAUGCUUGUUUUAGCACUCAUAAUACUUUACGCAUGAAACAUGAUACUAGUUCGGAUGAAACUCCCAGUAAACAUAAAUUUAUUUUAACAGAAAGUCAUGAUAAAGUUGGGUUAAUUACUUUAAAUCGACCAAAAGCAUUGAAUGCUUUAUCAACUGAUUUAUUUCACGAGCUUAAUGAUGUAUUGGAAAAAUUUGAUAAUGAUCCAAAUGUUGGGGCUAUUGUGAUUACUGGAAGUGAAAAAGCUUUCGCUGCUGGUGCCGAUAUUAAAGAAAUGGUUGAUAAAAAUUUCGCUCAAGUUUAUAAAACAAAUUUUCUUGGUAACUGGGGAAAGAUUAAUGAAAUCAGGAAACCUAUUAUUGCUGCUGUUAAUGGAUUUGCGUUAGGUGGUGGAUGUGAAUUAGCUAUGAGUUGUGAUAUAAUUUAUGCUGGGGAAACCGCUAAAUUUGGUCAACCCGAAAUUAAACUUGGUGUCAUUCCAGGAGGUACUCAAAGACUUACUCGAGCAAUCGGAAAAUCUAAAGCUAUGGAAAUUAUAUUAACAGGUAAAAAUUUUACAGCUCAAGAAGCUGAAAAAUGGGGAUUAGUUAGUAAAGUAUUCCCAGUUGAUAAAGUACUUGAAGAAGCUAUUAAACUUGGUCAAAAGAUUGCAAGUUUUUCUCAACCUUCUAUUCAAGCUGCCAAAGAAUCACAUGAUAAAAAGGAAGGAAUGAAUGCAUUCUUAGAGAAACGUGAACCCAAAUGGAUGCAUGAAUGA